AUGGCGCAGGAACGGCCCGGCCUCGGUUGUCACGCCGACCGGGCCCUCGUGCCCGCCGGGCUGCCUGUCGCAGCCGCCCAGGGAAGGAGACUCUGGGGCCGGAACCUGAGCCCCUCCCAUCAGUGCUGCCCUCCAGAGUUUGAAGCUGUGGACAGCUGCAUCCAGAGAUCGCUCUCUGCCCUCUACCCUCCCUUCGAGGAAACGGCCGCCACUCUCCUCGGCCAGGUCUUUGACGUACUGGAGAAGACCUACCAAAACGAUGCUCUGCGUUACAUCAUCGACUUCUUCAUCCCCGCCAAGCACAUCCUACAGACUAUCCAGCAACAAGCCUGUGAGCCGUACGCCGGCCGCCGCUUUACCCACGCCGGAUGGCCCCUCUGCCAGCGCGGCCUGGUGCUGGUGCAGCUGUCUGCAUUGGACUGGCGGCAGCUCCAGCCCGGCGACUUCUACCUGCAACUGGCCCCCCCACCGGCAUCCGUCCGCGGGGCCCGCCUGCUGCUGCGCUGGCCGGGGCCCGAGGGGCCGGUCUCCGAGCCAGUGGCCGAGGCCUCGUACGCGCACCUCUUCACCGCCGAGUGGCUGGACGGAGUGAACCGCCGGCUAGCCCGCGCCGACGCCAGCCAUCGCCCGCUAGAGUGGUGCCUGGCGGCCGAGGGGGGCCGGCUCCAGCGGCUGCCCUGGAGGCGGGCGAUCUACCCGCAGCUGGAACCCGGACGCGAGCCCGGCCCCCGCCCGCCCGCCGUAGGCACGCGGAGACGCCCAUCCGGCGACGGGGCCGACGCCGAGCCACGGGCUGAGGCCGCCCUCAAGCGGAGCCUCGGCAACGGGCAGGAAUCGGGCGGGGGUGCGGCGGACGGCGAGGGUUACCGCUCAGGCGGGGGCAGCGACGACCCUGAAGACGGCGACGAGGGCGAGUACGUCGAGCUGUCGGAGGCCUCCCCGCAGGGGGGGCCAGCGUUCCCGCACUGGCGCCGUGCUGGAAUGCUGGCUGUUGCUGCGACCCUGCCGGCCCCUGGCGGGCGCCGUCGCCGGCCUGGCGCGCAGGCGCGGCGCGGGGCGUGGCUGCACCGCGGGAAGAGGCGCCAGCCCGACAGCGGCGGCGGGAGCAAGUGGAAAAGCGGCGGAAAGGCGCCGGCGAAGUUCCGUGGCUCCCCUGCGGACGGGGGGAGGCCUCGUCGCCACCGGCGACCGGAAGAGGGCCCUGACGGCGAGGAAUGGGUGCGGCGCCUGAUCGAGGAGGAGCUGGCUGGAGGGAAGGAUGGCCUCGCUGACCUCGCCUGGAGGGAUUCGCUGGUUCCGGAGGGCGCGGGGGACCUCUCCGAGUCGUCCAAUCAGACGGCAGGGCCCCAGGCGGAUGUCGGCCCCAGGCCUGGCUGCGGAGGCACGGGAUCGGUUGAGGCUUCCGUGCCUUCAUUGGCCGAAGUAGGUAUGUCAGCGGGCAGAGCUGAGUGGCGAUCGGUGGAAGUGUGUGAAUCUGAAAGCCCGUUGGGUGCCGGAGGAGAACGAGCUGCAGGAAUCGACCUCUCUGGGCUGACGUUGACACAAACUGCAGCGGACCGGUCGUCGGCUGGCCACAGCGCUUCCUUAACCGGGAGCCAGCGGUCGUUGGCUCAGGAGAGCUCCCCAAAGCCCGGGGCUCGCCGAUCUUUGGCUGAAGGGAACUCACCGAAGUCUGCAGCCAAACAGCUCGCACCCAAGGUCGGGAAUGGCCCAUCUUUGGACCAAAGGCAAGCUGGGAGUGAACUGUCUUUGGACAAAACGAGCUCGCCAGCAGUGAUGACUGAGAUGCCACUAUCUCCGGGGAGCACGGCAGGAUCUCGGUCUGAACGCUCUCCGGUUGGAAGCAGCCUGCUGAAGUCCGAAACUGAAGUACCUUCAGCUGGAAGGAGCGGACUGGGAGCUGGCACUGGUCAGGGAACCUCACCAGCAGCAGAGACUCAGCGGUCACUGGCUGAGCAGGGGCCGCCGACAACUGGGACCGAACGCUCGCCGGCUCAUCCAGAGGUUUCAGCAGACCAACGCCUCUCUGAGCAGCCUGCCACGGAAACCGGCUCUGGGCGAGCAACGCCAGAACGGGGGGCCGUGGUAACUGGGACAGAGUGUUCACUGGCCGCUCGGGGUCAGUCAUCGACCAGAGAGCAACAGCUAUUGGCUGAGAGGGCUGCGACGGACACUGGGGCUGAGCGCCCAUUGGCCGAGAGGGUCGCGCCAGCCGCUGGGAUCGAACAGCCGUUGGCCGAACAGGCCCCGGGGGCCGGGCGUUCACCAGGCGGACGAGCGCGGACCGAAGCGGCGCAGAGGCAGACGGGGGAAGGCCCGACUGGGAGCCGGGCGGACCGUUCGUUGGCUGGGCCCGUGGCCGGGCCCAGGGUCCCGCUGGCGGGUUACGGCCAAUCAGACUCGUCACCAUCUGAGCAGAGGCGGUCCGCCGGGAGCUCGGAGUGCAGUCCACUGCUUCCAGACCGGGCCCAGCGGCCCACGGCCGCUCCAGAGGGUGGGGACGAGAUCCCGUUGGACACUCGGCGCGAGGAGGCGAGGCCCACGGGUGCCGGGAAGUCACCCGACCGCAUGGCUCCGGGUCUUUCGUCGGCACGGCGAUGCCACGAGGAGGCGGAGGAGAGGGGAGUGGAGCCAGCUCUACGCAACCUCAGGGAGGAUCAGACAGCGUGUAAGGAGGCCAGAGAGGGAGCGACACACUCUGAGAACGUACCCCAAGGGGAGCAGAGUAACAGUUCCACUGAGGGAGGUCCCUGUAGCGAUCACCCGUCCGGAGGCAUGGGAGGUGGAAAGGAUUCGCCGCGCCAAGCUCCCAGUGUGCCAGCCUAUCAUAAGACUAGAAGCAUGACGCUUCCCCUGCCCGGUAGGGCUGCCCAACAACUGCUCCGACUCUCUUGUCCCAGGUGGUCUGAGGUCUCCUUACCACCAGCAGUCCUCACCUUGUCUCAAUUCUCCGAGGUCUCCUCACCUCAACUACCUGUUUCCUCAUCUGAACCUUCUAAAGUUCCCUCACCUCAACUGUCUGAGGUUCCCUCAUCUCAACCUUCCAAACUCUCCUCCCCUCAACCUCCUGAGGUUCUCUUAUCUCAAUCUCCUGAGGUGCCCUCACCUCAACUGCCCGAGGUCCCCUCGCCAGCGACAGGCAACGUCCACUCGCCUCAGCCGCCUGAUGCAGCUUCCUAUCAAACCUCUGAGGUCCCACCACAGCCCCUGGGAGACAUUCCCUCACCCCCUCUCUCCGAGGUUCCCACGCCUCGACUGUCCGAGGUCUCCGCACACCCUCUGCCGCAGGAUCCGGCCCCCACUGGGAGAGGAAGUGCCGGUGCCGCGGAGGAGAGCCAGCCCCUCGGCCUCGAUGGAGACCUGGCCGUAGACCCGUGCCCUACGGCUUCACUCAAGGUGGAUCUGGAUGUGCUUCACUCUGAGGUCCUCUCUCUCCCAGGGAGCAGAGACAGGGAUGGCCGAGCUCUGGUCAUCGUCACAACGAGGAACCUCGGACCGCAGGGCCCCCGGUGCACCAGCGCGGAGCUGGCCGGCGUCCUGCUCUACCUCCACUCCAUCUCAAGCAAGGAGAUUCAAGAGAGAGGUCUCCGGGUGCUGAUGGACGCUCGUGACUGCCGGCCGGCGGCUGCGAUCUGGACAGCCCUUGAUACCUUCCAGCAAACCGUCCCCGGGGGAAUUCACUCCGUGCUGGUGCUGAUGGGGAAGGAGUGUCCGACACCGGAGGGGGUGCCACUGGGCUUUCAGGUGGAGGCCCUCCCCUCCGUCCAGGCCCUACACGAGCGGGUGGAGCCUGCCCAGCUGACGGCACCCUUUGGCGGAAGCUUCCGGUACAGCCACCAGAAGUGGGUGCGGUUCCGGCUGAGCCUGGAGUCGCUGGUUCAAGCCUGUAGAACCUCCACGCAGUUCCUGCGCAGUACAACCUUCCAGCUGGAGGCAAAGCGGCUCCCCGAGAACGAGAAGGAGGUCGCCACCCUCAUUGAGGAAGACCAGCUGCUAAUGAGGCGCGUGCUGCAGGACACUCGACUGACGGGACUUCAGCAGGAAGGAGCAGCCAUCUUGGUGAAGCUUAAGAGGGAGAUGGUCACCAACAGUGGCCUGGAGGAUCACAGGGAUGCUAUGAAGACCACCUGUGCCCUGUACGACCAGGUGGACGAGGAGGUUCACCGCCUGGUUCAGGUGUCCAACCAGCGGCUGAAGGACCUGGAGAGUCUGUCCGAGUUCUGGUGGUUCGAAGACCAGUUCCGAGAGGUCUGCGCCUGGCUGAGGGAGGUCGGGAAGCCGCAGCUGGAGAAGGCCGAGGAGAUGGAGGAUUCGCUGCCCGCACUGCGGCAGAGGCAGCAGGAAUUCCGGGACUUCAGCCGCACGGCGCUGGAACACAGCCAGAGGGCACAGCGACUCCUUCAGGGAAUGGCCCGCUGGGAGCUGGCCGUCUCCCCUCGCCUCCAGCCCUACGUCGACAAACUGCGGGAUUACCGGUCGCUGGCGUCCCAGUUCACCGAACGGUUGGAGCACCGACGGUUUCUCAUCGACAGGACAAUCCGGCUCCAUCAGUUCUUCAGGCUGGCCUACAGCUGGUGCCCAGAGAGCCCACAGACUCCAGGAGGGAUGAGCCCAGACCUCUGCCCAUCAGCAGAUGACCCACAGCAGCCUCCGCCCCACCCCGAUUCCCACCUGUGGGAUCUGGCCAAAGUCCUGGGCGACCAGCGGCUGCUGGACCGCUGGCCUCUCUGGUGGGCUAGUGACCACGAGGGGCACUUGGCCUCCACCCCUGGGGGUGGAGGGGGUGGGGGACCCCCGCCCUCUGCUAGCCCCAGGAGGGGCCCCGAGGGCUCGGCCAGCCUCCAGGGCAGCAGCACCCCCCGGCUGGAACGUAGAGCUGUUCCCGCUCUCCUCACCCCCUGGCUCAGCGCCUGGUCCCUGAGCAGCAGCCCUGAGCACCCAUCCCCCUCCUCCCCCUCCUCUCAAUGCCCCCGCCACUCCUUCUCCUCCUCCUCCUCCUCCUCGCCGGACGUCCGGGCUCCCCGACCCCUAAGCCCCCUGAAUUCCAGUGCGGCGGGCUGGCGGCGGGACCCCGCGGUGCCCCUGAAGAAGGCGCAGAGUUUCGAGCUGGCCCCUGGCCCGUCUCCGUGGCCCCAGGGGGCCGGUGUCGCGCCAGCGAGGGCGGCCCCGGCGGUCCUCAUCCGUGGGCUGGAGGUCAGCAGCACGCAGCUCGUCGACCGUACCUGCUCGCCCAGGGAGCACGUCAUGCUGGCACGAAGGGGGGAGAUCCAGGCCGAGGCCCCCUGGGGCGCAUCCCCUAUCCUGGGGCUGCCAGCCAAGAGCAGCAGAGCCCGCCGCGCCCUGACCGGGGCCCUGCUGGCGGAACGGGAGUAUAUCGGCUCGCUGGAGCUGGUCCUGGAGAGCUACUGUCCGGACCUGGAGCGGCCGGACGCCCCGGCCGAGUUGAGGGGCAAGGCGGGGCUGCUAUUCGGUCACCUGGAGAAGCUGCUGACCUUCCACCGCGAGCGACUGCUGCCAGAGAUGGAGGGCUGCGUGACCGGCCCCCUCCGCCUCGGGGACGCCUUCCUCCGCCACAAGGAGCAGUUCACGCUGUACGCCCUGUACGUGAAGAACAAGCCCCAGUCAGACGCCCUGCUCACCAGCCACGGCAACGCGUUCUUCAAGAGGAGGCAGCUGCUGCUGAGGGACAGGAUGGAUCUGGCCGGCCACCUGCUGAAGCCCAUCCAGCACGUGACCAGCUACUGCCUGCUGCUGAGGGAGCUGCUGGCGGAGUGCGGAGAGGACGCGGGCCGGGAGAGGCUCCGGCUGCAGGCCGCCCUUGACAUGGUCGAGUUCCAGCUGCGUCACGGCAACGACCUCCUCGCCAUGGACGCCAUCCGGGGCUCCGACGUGAAUUUGAAGGAACAGGGGGGUCUGCUCCGUCGGGAUCAUUUCACCGUCUGCUGCGGCCGACGGAAAUGUCUUCGGCACGUCUUCCUCUUCCAGGAACUGGUCGUCUUCACCAAGUGGAAGCGGGCGGAGGACGGCUCCGAAACCUACGUCUACAAAUCCUCUCUGAAGACGGCGGAGAUGGGCCUGACGGAGAACAUCGGGGACUCCGGGCUGCGCUUCGAGCUGUGGUUCCGGCGCCGGAGGUCGAACGAGGCCCUCGUCUUCCUGGCCGACUCUCCGGCGGUGAAGCAGGCCUGGACGCAGGACAUCGCCCGCAUCCUGUGGCGUCAGGCGUCCCGGAACAAAGAGCUCCGGCUGCAGGAGAUGGUUUCCAUGGGGGUGGGGAGCAAGGUGUUCCUGGACCUGGCGGCCUCCGACGGGGCCCCCGACCACGGCGGACCCAGGAAAGGGAAGGCGUUGCCGGAGUGAGAGGAUGGACAGACGCUCGGAGCGAGUCGGAAACGGGAGCGAGAAGUGUCCGUGGGGUUGACGUGCCCGGGUGGGGCCCGGACUGUGACAACCCACCCCUGCCCGCGCAUCGACUCCAGCGGGCGAUCCUGGCAAAUGGGCGCGAGGGAGGUUGACUGACCGGCCUCCCUCGACACCUCCCCUCCAUCCCCGUGGCAAUCGAAGGCAAAUCAGCAGACUGGGGACCAGACCCUCCCUCCCUCACCCUCCCAAACCCCAGUGGACAAUCCUAGGGAGAUGAGGAGGGAGGAAAUCGGCAGGGGUGCCCUCACAGACGACCAGACCCUCUCUCCUCACCUCACUGGACAGACCACAUCAGCUGGAGACACGGAACAUUGGCAGGGGUGCCUCACUGAGGACCAGAUUCUGCCUCCACUCCGGGGAACCGGAGACAUCGGAGAGGGGCUCUCCUGUCGGGGAUCGGAUCACUCCUUCCUGCCUUUGUCAUCUCCCAAAUCCCAGCAACCGGGAGAAGAGCGAAGUCGACAGAGACCAAACCCCCUCCCUCCACCGAACAGCCACGGAGGUAGGCAGACUCCCUCACUCCCUCCUCAACUCCAGCGGACAAUCUGGGGAAUCGGGAGCCAAGGAACUGGGGAAGGACCGGAGCCCCUCGUUCCUCACCCAUUCCAGCAGACGGAGGGAGCAAACCAGCGGAUAAUGGCGUCAGUGAGGUUGUCCUCCUUCACGUCCUCUGCUUUCCCCCAAUCCUCCGCCCUCCCUCACCAUGGCGAGGUUGAGGUAUGUUUGGGGCUGACGAGGGCCGUUUGACGGCUUGGGGCUGGUACUGUCUGGAGUUCAAAAGAACGAGGCGGAUCUUAGUGGAAUCUACUGAGUAUUGAGAGGACUAGGUAGAGUGGGCAUGGAGGGGCAUUGCUGGUAGUGGGGGAAUCUAGGACCAGGGGGCACAGACUCCAAAUACAGGGAUGAGGAGGAAUUUCUUUACCAGAGGGUGGUGAAUCUGAGAAGGUAAUUGGCCGUGGAGGGCUGAUCGUUGGGUAUAUUUGAAGGGGGAGUUGGCAGGUUCGUGAUUAGUCAGGGAGUCGGCGGGGAAUGUGGCUGGGAUGGAAGUGAAUUGGCCAUGAUGAAAUGGCACAGCAGACUCGAUGGGCUGAAUGGCCUAAUUCUGUCCCUGUGUCCCGUAGAUUGAGGAGUGAAUUGAGACCCAUCUCCCUUGCUCCAUGGAUCAGAUCCCCCCCUCCAUCCUCCUGGAUCUCCCUCGACCCUGAAUGGAGGGGAGGGGUGCUGGAGCAAUGAGCUUCAAAAGCUGCAGGGGAGGGAACAGCAGCCCUAACUUACCCCCCUCUGACCCUCAACCCUGUCCCCAGGGUGUAUUGUGGCUCCUCCUGCGGACCGCAGGGAAAUUCCAUUCACAGCGGCCAUCGACUGCUGGUUUUGACUUCCCACCCCUGCCCCCAGACGCUGGAUUAACCAGGGAGAGCGUGCAGACUCCGCACGGACAGAGAGCAACGGGGGUGGGGAUUAAACCCGGGUCUCUGGGGCUGUCGGGCAGCUGCUCUAACCACGGGGGCUGGGGUGAGAGGGUCAGCGUGCGGGUGGAGGGACGAGGGGAGAGCCGGGCGUUUUAUUGAGGUGGGGGAGAGGGAAUAGCGAGGCGAAUGGAGGGGGAGCCGAGGCCCAAGCCCAGGGCUGAUGUUGGAGAGAGCAGGUGGGUGUGAGGGGGGAGAGUACAGACAGGGAGGCAUUUAGCCACCCAGACAACACCAUACAGUGCGGCCCAAACUCCCUCAACCUCAAAACCACUCCCUGUUCGAUGUUUCCGGAGUGGAUUCGCUCUGCGCACAAAGGAUGGAUUUUCUGCGUGACGUAAAUGCUGUGCUGUCAAUAAGAGAGAGAUCGGGAUCAUCCACAGGCAUUCUCCCCCCUCUGCAAAUAUCCCAACAAAUCUCCCCUCUCCCCUCCCCCUCCUUCCCCGCCCCCUCCCCUCUCUCCACCCCCUCCCCCCAUCCCCCUCUUCCGUCUCCCCCUCCCCUUCCCCCUCCUCUCUCCACCCCUCCCCCAUCCCCCUCUUCCGUCUCCGUCUCCCCCUCCCCUUCCCCCUCCCCUCUCCACCCCCCUCCCCCCUCACCCCCCUCUUCCGUCUCCCCAACGAUGGGCCUGAUGUCGUGGAGCAAGUGCCAAAGGCAGCCAUCGUAAAGCCCCGGUCCCCACCACCGUCCAUCGGAGGCGCUCCCAGCUCGCUGGGCUCUCGCGGGGGCUGGUUGGCGGUGCUUGGCAGAAGCAUUCACCCCGGCAUUAAAGAGAAAUAUAUUCUGCAGAUCUCGGGACUCAAACAGAGCUUCUGUUUUUAAUUAUCAAGAGAUGUUUUAUAGAUAAACCAUGUAUGGUAAAAAAUAAAACUUUCGGGAAGAGA